CACACAGGGCCCCGAUGGAGUCGGUGCAAUCAGCUGUGCAUCAGAUCUUGUUAUGAUAAACAAGUAAUGAACGGCGAAAAUACAUAAAUAAACAAUGGAGGGAAUGCUGUAUAAGUGGACCAAUUACAUUAGCGGGUGGCAGCCUCGUUGGUUUGUGCUCGAUGGAGGAACUUUGUCUUACUAUGACUCUCAAGAGGAUGCCUGGAAAGGUUGCAAGGGCAGCAUUAAAAUUUCAGUUUGUGAAAUCCAAGUUCAUUCCACUGACUCUACACGAGUUGACCUGACCAUACCAGGAGAGCAGUACUUUUACCUCAGAGCCAUCAAUGCAGCAGAAAGGCAGAAAUGGCUGGUGGCAUUGGGAACAGCCAAAGCUUGCCUGACAGACAACCGAACAAAGAGAGAAAAAGAGCUCCAGGAGAACACAGAGGCCCUGAAAACUAAGAUGUCAGAACUCAGAUUGUACUGUGACCUUCUUCUCCAACAAGUAAACAAGAUCAAGGAGAAUGAUGAGCAAGGAGACACAGCGGAGACAGGCAUAGACACUGGAAACAUGGUGAAGUCAACAUGCACCACUUUCCUGAAGACACUAGAGGAAUGCAUGCAGAUAGCAAAUCGUACUUUUAGUUCGGAUAUGGCAACACAGAGUCCACCAGGAUCUCCCCCAGUAGCAGCCAUAAAACCCCAAAAGAUUAAACCUGUCAAUCAUCUAAAUCAGAACCUUGGAGAACAAUGGAGCGAUUUGGCUGAAACCUCAGGAGAAGCAAUUGCACACGACGACCGGAGCCUUGACUCUGCAGCAGAGGGACCAGAUGAAUCAGAUAGACCAGAACAGCACCCUUCCCUAUCAGGUAAAACAGACACUGAAGCAAGCAGCGCCAACAGCUCAGUCCACGAGGAGCGAGUUGAUCCUACUCUAUACACUACUCAGAAUACCUCAGAGAUUGAGCACUAUGACCAACCAGCAGAGGGGGGUGAGGAAAAUGAAGCUGAUGAUCAGAAGGGGGCAACACAAGAGCAGAAGCACAAAGUGGACCAAAGUCAAGAGCACGACGACAACAAUGAGGACGCGAACGCUGUCCAGCCGCAGAUUCAACGGGAGGCUGCUACAGACGAGCCUCAACUUGAAAACGAGACUUCCAGAGCUUCAUCAGAGCCCGAAGACACAGAGCACGUGGAAACUUUCUUCAGCACAAUGGGUCACAGAUUUAGUGAUAUAAGACUGGACGACGACAAUGGUAUCCCUACACAAGAGUUUUUGGACUCAUGCUAUGCAAUAGUGCCUGUAUUAGACAAACUGGGGUCCACUGUCUUUGCACCAGUUAAAAUGGAUUUUGUUGGAAAUAUAAAGAAAAUACACCAGAAGCUGAUGUCGGACCCUCACAGCUUCCCCACACUACAGUCUAUUGUGCUGCAUGAAGUCCAGACAGAUGUCACCCAGGUGCGCAACUCAGCCACCGAGGCUCUGCUGUGGCUCAGACGAGGCCUAAAGUUCCUCAAAGAGUUUCUUUCAGAGGUCAACGCAGGAGAACAAGACAUCCAGGGAGCACUAAAUAACGCCUAUGGAAAGACCCUUCGACAGUACCAUGGAUGGGUUGUGCGAGGAGUGUUUGCUUUGGCCCUGAGAGCUGCCCCGUCUUAUCAAAGUUUCACCGCUGCCUUAGUGUCAAGUGAGGGCGACGAGCUGAAGAGCGGCUUCACCAGCGGCAUGCACAGGGACCUGGACGUGUACCUCCCGGCCAUGGAGAAACAGCUGGCCAUCCUGGAUGCCCUAUAUGAAGAAUACAACCUGGAGUCUGAUGAGGUAGUGUGAAACAUGGAACAAAGAGAUGAUUCGAGUUCAAGGAAGGACAGAACCUGAGCGCAGAGGGCAGAGUAGUGUCUAACUGCUGAAGGAAGGUGCCAGAUGCCAAGUGUAUCUAGUGUACAAAAUAAUGUGAGCGUGUCCCAUGUCGGUGUGAGGUGUUUCCAGUGGUUCUUAAACUCUACGAGAGUAGAGGGUCUAGGUUUGAAGAAGGUAUUAAUGUCUGUAGAAGCCCACUAGAGGCAAAGCAAGUAUAAACAAUGAAGACAUUAUGGUGUGAUGAAAUGUAGAUUCCAGGUCUUGUUCAGAAGACCUGUGACAGUGUAGGGGUAUUAAGCCCUGUUAUGCAGACUCCAACCAUAAUUACUCAUGGUGACAUUUGUUUCUGGUGCACAUUUUGUCGCUGUAUUGUGGCUGUUUAUGUACUGUACGUGUUUUAAGGUACAUAACCACAAGGUCUUUGGCUCUACUUCCCUGAAGAUCCUUCUUCUCCUUGAACUGAUAAGAAUGCAGAGAAAUUUUUAAAUCAAGAUUGUCCUGUUUCAUCGGAUUCGUGAAACGAGGUGAUACUUGAAACCAACAAAAAGCACUAAAAAACAAUGUCAGAUUGUUACGAUGCCCAACAUAUGCCUUAAGUAUGUGAUGGAAUAACAUACUGGGCUGACUUUGAGUGUAUUAGAUAAACAUUUUUCUUGCACUGACUGUUGACGUUUUAGUGGAAAUGAAUCAAUAUUUUUCAAUAAUUUUUUUUUCUUUUCCCUGAAAUUUUAAUCUGAAACCCGCAGUUUGACAAUGUGUUAAUUUGUUUUACACGGCUGACAUUACUUUACGAGCUGUCGCUCUGGAGACUUUCCAUGGGACCAAAAAGGAACUGUCAUGUGAAUGGCUUUAGCCUCCGCUGCCUACAGUACCACAACACACGAAAAUGGAAUCAUACAGUGUAUCUGUUAAUGUCCUGAUAACUGCUGAAUAUUUAUGUGGACAUCCUCUGCACAAACCUAUGCAUUUUCUCAGUGUCUAUUUAUUAUGUCUUAAGUUAUAACGUUCACAUUAAUGUCAUGGGGAUCAUUUCAGUCUGGCUUUUGUGUGAAUGUAUGGGCAUUUGUAUUCCUAGAGCAUGUUUAGUGAUUGCAUGGUUUUAUGUAUUAAGUAACAUAGGUGCCAAUGGAAACUGAACAUAGGCCAAGGCCUUGAAUUAACCAAGUAAAUUAAUAAUCAUAAAGGGGAUAGAUAGUGUGAGUUAAAAUACAUUGCUUCUCCUUAACCUUCAGCAAGUCUGCUUUACAGAUUCCAGCGUUCAUUUUUUUUUGUCCUCCAUCUCAACCAUGCAGAGUUCUACAUGUACUUGAGUGUUGUUACCAGCUGUACUUAAUACUUUAUGAUGUCAAUUCAAAAAUACAAAGGAAAAAAAAAAGAGUGGUAAGACACCUCCUGGCCAGGUUAAAGUGUGGCCAUAGAUUAACU